GUACGUGGUGUCAGCAGAGGCAGUCGCUGGACAGCUUGCUACAGUGGACGUGAAGGCCACAGACCCCAGAGGUCUUCAUGCUACAACCAAGGUGGAGGUUGAGGUCAAGGGAAGUGCGAGCAGUGACGUGGUGGUCAUGUCCUUGAACCAGCCUGCAAACACUGUGGAGAAGAAAGUCCCAGAGCUGGAGAAGUCUUUAGGUGCAGUUCUGGGCUGGACUGUGAAUGUCAUCGCUGUGUCAAGCGCUAACGGAGAAACCUCUGAGUCCAGAAGGCCGAGGGCAGCUGUGAAGACUUUGGUCAGCUUCAUCUGUCUAGAGAACGGAGGAGAAGUCAUUUCCUCUGAAGAGGUUCAAAAUAAAGUGAAGAGCCAGUCAGAUGAUGUGAAGCAGGCGCUAGUCCAGGUGUUUGGGGACAGUCUUCACUUUGAUUUAGUAACAGGGCGGCCUCAAGACUCCAACCAGGCUGUGGUCAUCGCCCUUGGCGUCCUGUUGGCCGUGAGCAUGGUGGGAUUGACUGCUACUGUCGCCUUGAUCAUCAGGUUCAAGAGGACAGCGAAACAUCAGGAGGAUUCAGACAACCACGGUUUCAUGAACAGGAACUUUCCUGAAACACUGGAGCAGGGACAGAUGAAGUUAGAAGAGAGAGGACCAGACGACGAGAAGAAGACGAUGGACAGACACUCAGAUGAUGAGUCAGUAAAGACAGCAAAGACAGACAGUAUGAGAAAUAAACCAAAGUUCCAGACUGACGACAAAGACAAUGACAGUGACAAUGAUGAUUCUCCUCUCUGAUUUGAACACAGAUUUCAGUCUGACUGUAUGGAGUCUGCAGAGUGCAGCUAAAAUAAUUAGAGACUUUUAAAGUUGAAACUAUAUUUACGACAAGAAACAAGCCACAGUAUUUUACAAAUUACUUG